UUUCCGGAGGUAAGAAAAUGCAACACGGAAAUGGCUAAAUCUUCGUCUGCUAGCAUCGUGGUUCCUAACUUAAGAGAUUAUGUUUUUACGGAGAAACUUGGCAGUGGAACCUACGCCACGGUGUACAAAGCCUACAGAAAGACCGGUGUUCGGGAAGUUGUGGCCAUAAAAUGUGUGUUAAAGUCCACUUUAAACAAGGCCUCAACAGAGAAUCUCCUCACUGAGAUUGAGCUCCUGAAGACGCUGAAGCAUCCAAAUAUUGUAGAGCUGAGAGACUUCCAGUGGGACGACGCCUACAUCUACCUCAUCAUGGAACACUGCAGCGGUGGGGACUUCUCACACUUCAUCCGUAAACGUCGCCGUCUUCCUGAACAUCUGGUCAAAAGGUUCCUGCAGCAACUAGCCGGUGCCAUGAUGUUCCUCUGGAACAAGAAUGUGGCCCACAUGGACCUCAAACCCCAGAACAUCCUCCUGACAUCUAUCACUCACCCCACCAUCAAGAUAGCAGAUUUUGGGUUUGCGAAGCACUUGUUUGAUGGUGAUGCCAUGAAUGUGAUGAGAGGAUCCCCUCUGUACAUGGCGCCGGAGAUCAUCUGUAGAGGGGAGUAUGAUGCAAGAGUGGAUCUGUGGUCUAUAGGUGUUAUACUGUAUGAAUGUCUGUUUGGGAGAGCCCCGUUUGCUUCACAGAGCUUUAAGGAGUUAGGGUCUAAGAUAUGGGAUGAUAAACCAGUAGAGUUACCUUAUGGGGUGGACGUUACAGAAGAUGCCAGGGAUCUUCUUCUUCGGCUGCUGAAGAGGAAACCAGAUGAGAGAAUUACAUUUGAAGAAUUCUUUGCUCACCCAUUUGUGGAUAUGACCCAUGUGCCAUCACAUGACAGUCUGAGUCAUGCAAUUGAGCUGGUCACAAAGGCUGUGAAGAAAGACAACGAGCGGAACUACAAGGCAGCCAUCAGGUUAUACACUGAAGCUCUCGACUACUUCGUGGCAGCUGUACAUUAUGAAAAAAAUCCCAACAAGAAAGAAGCCAUGAGGAAGAAGGUGAAGGAGUACAUGGACAGGGCUGAAGUGUUGAAGACGUUACUCAAACCACAGAAGCCUGAAGACUCCCUCAGCAGAUCCCUGUCUCUCAACGAAUACGAAGAACUGACUGAUCUUUGUCUCGGGAAGCCGGAGCUGCAGGCUGCGCUGCGACUGAUCAAAGCUGCAGAAUCUGAGUCAGACAAAGAACAGUUUGAGCAGGCCUUGCAUCAUUAUGAGUUGGCUCUUGCUCCUCUAGUCCAACAUCUCCCAGAGGAACCCAAGGGAAGAAGGAAAGAUUUGUUGAAAAAAGAGCUGGAGAAGUGGAUGGGCAAAGCAGAGGAGAUCAAGUCAUAUCUGUCAGUGAAGUCCCUGUCGACGGAGACAGUCACGAAGCAGGACGAGGAGGAGAACAAUCAGUAUCUAGCCUCCUGCUGUGUCCAGUAGCAGCUGACCACACAUCCCACAUCACAGAGAGCUCCAGUCAUGUCAGCCUCCCGCUGUGUCCAGUAGCAGCUGACCACACAUCCAACAUCACAGAGAGCUCCAGUCAUGUCAGCCUCCGGCUGUGUCCAGUAGCAGCUGACCACACAUCCCACAUCACAGACAGCUCCAGUCAUGUCAGCUGUGCUGCUUCACAGCUUCAAUCAUGCCAUUGGGCACAAUUCUGUGCCAUGUAUAUACUACUCAGCUUUUGUAAAGUAUCCAGACUGAACAGUGAAUAAAUGAGUUGUUAUUGUGUAUACUGCAGCCAGAGCAACAUAUUGUCUUGUUUCACUUACUUUCUUGGUCAGUGACAGGAGGCAAUAAGAAAGUAAUGUUUUCAGAGUGGAUGUGAAGUUGUUUCUAUAAAGAAAGUCAUAAAAUAAAGAGGCUGUUUUUUCCAUCUUCCCAAGGCAAGGGCAUUAACUGACUAUGAAAGUCCAGUUUCCACCCUUGCCGAACUAGGCUGGGAUUAUGGAGUUACAUUUUGGCUGGACUAACGAGUCUAUGCAUAGUCCAAUCAAAAUUGCGUAACGAACUUGCCAUCGGGUUGGUAAACAACAUGGAUAUCAAUGUGUAGAUUUCGGUCGACUGCAGGAUUUGCAAAGCAUGUGUACCAUCAAUUGGGUGUCGAUAAAUAUUUUGAAAAUCUUUUCAUGUUUUUAAUGAAGGUGCUCAAGUGAUUUGAUGCGCUUCGCGGGUUAAAACCCAUUUCAUUACACUAUAGAUCUUGAUUAUCAAUAAGAUCGUCUUGACUGGGUGCCGCCAUUUUGUUUGAACCAAAUAAAAGGUAUAUGUAAGAUGGAAUCUGAUUGGUCCAUAGGAGGGGCAUAGGAGGUACAUAACUGGCAAUAGUCACUGGUGGUGCUCCGAUCGAGACUGGAAAUUCUAGCCAAAUUCGGCAAGGGUGGAAACUGGACUUUUAUAGUCAGGUAACUCCCUUGCCUCGGGAAGAUGUUUUUUUCUUAUAAAACACAAACAUGAAGAUGAUAAAAAGCAUAUUUCAAUUCAAACACGUUUUAGUUAAUUCAAUAUUUGAGUCUGUAAAAUUUGAAAUAAACUGGCCUUAUAAAAGAAUAUUGUUAUCCUUGCACAGCUGUUCUAGUUUGAACUAAAACAGAACACCCCUGGCACAUGAACUCAUGUGUUGGAGGAUGGGGACAGCCCCAUGUGAUUUCCAUGGUAGUUGGUUGUGUUUUGCAUAUUUCCUUAUUGAAAGCCUAGUUGUAUUGCUAAGAUUAUAUACAGGGCUUAUACAUAGAAUGAGGCUAAAGGUUAAUGUCUUCCUGUGCAUAAUCCUGUUCUGAUGCAAAUAUUGCAAAUGCUAAUUGUUUCAGCUUAACAUGAAAUAUAUUUCAGUAUAUAUUGAUUAUUUGGUAAAACGGAAUAUUAGAUGCAGUAUUUAGCUAGCAAUAGAAGGCACUGGUGGCGCUGUGGCUGAAGACCUUGCUGUUACCUGUGCAGCGUGACGGAGACCAGAAUCCAGCUUCUCAGACUUACCUGGAUUGUGAUCUUUGAUUUUCUCACCAGUGUUAGAAAUUAGUGUCUGUGUUGAGGUCUCAGGUCCUGUAGAAUUUAAACCUAUGGACCCCUAAGUUGUUAACUUUAACAUUAGGGUUAUGACAUGAUCCCCUUUACUUUUAGUCUUAGUUUCGGGCCUUGUGGUUAAAGCGUUCACCAAAGACCGGGUCCCAUUCCCUACAUGGGUAGAAUGUUUGAAGUCCAUUUCUGGUGUCCCCUGCCGUGAUAUUGCUGGAAUAUUGCUAAUAAAAGUGUGUAAAACCAUACUCACUCUCGUUCUUAGUUUCAAACAGUACAUCCCCAUACCAUGCUUGUGAGUUCCCCCAGAGUUUAGACUGUUUGCUUCAUGCAUCACUUUGGCUGUCCUUCCAGGACUUCCGCACAGCGCCACGAUUCGCUGUGCAGAUUUGCGUCCCUUGGGCACGCCAGAAACCUAUGAUUGUGGGUUCGAAUCCCGGUUCGUUCCGAUUAUGUUUCUAGGUUUGUCAGCACCAUACCUGUGCU